GCUGCCCGUGGUUUUCUGCGGCUAUCUUCUGAAAUCCUCGAAGCUCUCUCUCUCUAAAAACAAGUUUCUCUCUCUAAAACAAGUCUCUUUCCUCUCUCAUCGUUUUUUUGGUUCAUCCGUUUUCUUUGUUUUGGUGGCCAAGGGAGUUGUCGUGAAGCUAGGGCACGCACAUAUCUCUCUGCAACUCAUCGUGUGAUUCAUGCUUAGUAACAAAGAAGAAUGAUUUUCCUCAAAAUCAGUCGCUUCAUUUCUCGAACGAGAGCUGUAAACGGCUCUCAGUUAAUUGGAUAUGGGGCUAGAUUGGGUGCAAAAACUGAGUCGAUAAUAGGGUCGUCGAAGCCAAAUGAUGGCUUAGGGUUGGGGUAUAUGAGCCGUUAUUUGAGUUAUCUUGCUGCUAGUGGAGAUUUUCCGACCCAUGGCAAAGCUGCUAUAGAUUUUAUGCAUGGUAGAUGCUUAUCACAACUCCUCCUCUUGAAUCCUGGAAGCCGGAGACUUUUUUGCAGUGAAGCCCCAAAAAAGAAAAAUUAUGAAAAUUUCUAUCCGAAAGAGAAGAAGGAAAUACCGAAGGGCAGCAACGACCAGCGCAAGUCAGAUUCAAAAGACGAUUCAAAUGCUGAUGACCAGGGGAGUUUUCAAGAGAGUUUCAUGAAGCAGUUACAAAGUUAUUUGACACCUUUAUUGCUUAUCGCAUUCGUGCUUUCAUCUUUUUCCUUUGGCCCCCGUGAUCAGAAACAGAUUAGUUUCCAGGAAUUCAAAAACAAGCUUCUGGAGCCCGGAUUAGUGGAUCAUAUUGUCGUAUCCAAUAAAGCAGUGGCUAAAGUAUAUGUUCGGAAUACCCCAAGUAUUAACAACCAAACCAAGGACGAUGAUAUCCAAGGACCUGGAACUAAUUCCCCUCCCAAAGGAAAUACAGGCCAAUAUAAGUACUAUUUCAACAUUGGAAGUGUUGAAUCAUUUGAGGAAAAGCUGGAGGAAGCCCAGGAAACACUGGGAGUAGAUCCUCAUGACUAUGUUCCUGUAACAUAUGUGAAUGAAAUGGUUUGGUACCAAGAAUUGAUGAGAUUUCUUCCUACAGCUUUGGUUCUGGGAUGUCUCUUGUACUUUGGUCGAAGGAUGCAAGGUGGAUUCGGCAUUGGCGGUAGUGGAGGAAGGGGUGGUCGUGGAAUAUUCAAUAUUGGAAAAGCUCAUGUUACAAAACUGGAAAAGAAUUCUAAGAACAAGGUAUUCUUUAAGGAUGUUGCUGGCUGUGAUGAAGCAAAGCAGGAGAUUAUGGAGUUUGUCCAUUUUCUGAAGAAUCCAAAGAAAUAUGAGGAAUUAGGUGCUAAAAUUCCAAAAGGAGCCCUUCUUGUGGGACCUCCUGGCACUGGAAAGACUCUUCUUGCAAAAGCUACUGCUGGUGAAUCGGGUGUGCCAUUUCUAUCAAUUUCUGGUUCAGAUUUUAUGGAAAUGUUUGUUGGUGUUGGACCUUCAAGAGUGAGGAGUUUAUUUCAAGAAGCUAGGCAAUGUGCACCUAGCAUUAUAUUUAUUGAUGAGAUUGAUGCUAUUGGUCGAGCAAGGGGACGUGGGGGAUUUUCUGGUGCAAAUGAUGAACGUGAAAGCACUCUCAAUCAGUUACUUGUGGAAAUGGAUGGGUUUGGUACAACUGCAGGAGUAGUUGUACUUGCAGGCACUAACAGGCCAGAUAUUUUAGACAAGGCUCUUUUGAGGCCAGGUCGAUUUGAUCGACAAAUUGAAAUUGACAAACCUGAUAUCAAAGGUCGUGAUCAGAUCUUUCAGAUCUAUCUGAAGAAAAUAAAGCUUGAUAACAAUCCAACAUUUUACUCUCAGAGAUUGGCAGCUCUUACUCCAGGAUUUGCUGGAGCUGACAUAGCAAAUGUUUGUAAUGAAGCUGCACUGAUAGCUGCCAGAAAUGAAGGGACACAGGUCACCAUGGAACAUUUUGAGGCUGCUAUAGAUAGAAUCAUUGGUGGUCUGGAAAAGAAAAAUAAGGUAAUCAGCAAGUUGGAACGCCGGACUGUUGCAUAUCAUGAAGCUGGCCAUGCAGUUGCAGGAUGGUUCUUGGAGCAUGCAGAGCCUUUGCUUAAAGUCACAAUUGUACCGCGUGGCUCUGCAGCCCUGGGCUUUGCACAGUAUGUACCCAAUGAAAACCUACUUAUGACCAAGGAGCAGCUCUUUGACAUGACAUGCAUGACCCUUGGUGGCCGUGCUUCUGAGCAGAUUCUGUUGGGGAAGAUCUCGACUGGGGCUCAGAAUGACUUGGAGAAGGUGACAAAGAUGACUUAUGCCCAAGUCGCAGUUUAUGGUUUCAGCGACAAGGUAGGGCUCCUCUCCUUCCCCCAAAGGGAGGAGGCAUUUGAGAUGACCAAGCCUUAUAGCAAUGGAACUGGGGAGAUCAUAGACAAGGAAGUGAGAGAUUGGGUGAGCAACGCAUACAAGCGAACAUUGGAACUCAUUGAGGAAAAACGAGAGCAAGUGGCGAAGGUUGCAGAGCUAUUACUCGAAAAGGAGGUUUUGCACCAAGAUGACUUGCUGAAAGUGCUUGGCGAACGCCCCUACAAGUCAAGCGAACCAACCAACUAUGACCGCUUUACAAAGGGAUUUCAGGAGGAGCAGGAAGAGAAGAGCGACGCCCCUUCAGAGGGUGUGGUUAUGGAGGAUGAUACGCCAUCUCUGGAUGGUGCCGUGGUCCCGACAUAAAAGCGAGAUAUACAUUAUACUACUGUAAAUGUUGAUAUACAUGUGUUAGUUUCUCGCUCCAGAUAUAGCUGAAAUUGUACAAAUUUUAUUCAUUUCAUAGAAUUGUGGUUCCAAUUUCAUAUUGUAGUGACAGGUAACUGUAUCUCUUUGCAUGGAUCCUGGAGUCUCGAGAAGCUUGAAUGGAUCAUUUUUUGUUUCUUUUUCAUUUAAUUUUAAGAUAGUUUGCCUUCUUCCCAUGUUUUCUUCGAUGUAAGUUGGAUGUUUCCAAUGAAUGUAGGGUAAGUUGGAUGUUUCCAAUGAAUGUAGGGUGCUUCUGUAGAUGGAGUCUGUAGGGGGGAGAGAGAGAUUUCGUGUGUACCAAGACUGGAUGAAAUUGUCGAAGUGAUCGCACAGAAUAGUGACAUCCUUU